GUGAAAGUUAACAUACUGGGCGAAGUAGUGGACCAGGGAAGCACUAAUUUAAGAAUUGACCAAGCAUCGUUCAGUCCCCAUGCUGCCAUCUAUGCAAUACGACCCGAUGUUCGAUGUGUUGUACAUAUACACACACCAGCAGCUGCUGCUGUUUCUACCAUGAAGUGUGGUAUCCUGCCAAUAUCUCAGGAAGCCAUGAUUGUGGGCAGUGUCGCAUAUUAUGACUAUCAUGGUUCACUCGAUGAAGAGAGUGACCGAAUUCAGCUUCAGAAGUGUCUAGGUGCAGCUUGCAAGGUAUUGGUUCUGAGAAACCAUGGUGUAAUGGCACUUGGUGAGACCAUAGAGGAAGCUUUUCACUACAUCUACACAGUUCAGUUGGCUUGCGAAAUCCAGGUGAGAGCCCUGGCAAGUGCAGGUAGUGUGGAUAACUUGCUGCUACUGGAUUUGGAAAAAUUCAAGCCUUACACAAACAAAGUAGCCAUUGAUGGAGUUAAUAUGGGAAUCGCACAGAAGUGGAGAGUUGGAGAACAGGAAUUUGAAUCUAUGAUGAGAAUGUUGGACAAUUUGGGCUACAGAACUGGCUACACUUACAGGCACCCUAUUCUGAGAGAAAAGCUAAGACACAAGAGUGAGGUCGAAAUUCCUGCAACUGUCACAGCAUUUUCCUUUGAAGAUGAUGCUGUUCCAUGCUCUCCCCUUAAAUUUCUGGCGCAGAAACAGCAGCGUGAAAAGACAAGAUGGCUGAACACUCCAAACACAUACAUGAAGGUCAAUGUCCCAGAGGAUUCUCCAGCAGGCGACUGCAGCCCUAGGUCAAAAAUCACA